UCACUCCUUCGCAAACCCUCUUUGAAGGUCAUACCUUAUAAUCCACACACCUGGGAGCCUACUUUUCUCCCUCUACCGUCCGAUAUUACCCCCUUUCCGUCGGAAACCCUAACCCUAACUACCCAGAUCGCUCCUUUUUCUCUCUCCUCUUUUCCUCCAUUCAACCCCCUGAUUUCGUCGCCGAUCUAUCUCUUUCACUCCUACCUAACCUAAUUGUUUGAGAAUGGUGUCCGACGCGGCUGCGAAGAGGGCGGCUCAGAAAAAGGCAGCUGCAGCUGCGAAGAGGGGAGGAAAAGCCUCUGCCUCAUCAAAGGCGGCGGCGGCUGCAACAGCAGCAGCUGUCGAUAAGGUGUCUAAUGGAGUUGGUGACCUUGUGAUUUCUGAUCGGAAUUGUACGGGUAUUCUUUGCUCUCAUCCGAUGUCCAGAGAUGUCAGGAUAGAGUCUCUGUCAGUUACUUUUCAUGGACAUGAUCUGAUAGUUGAUUCGAUGUUGGAGCUUAAUUUUGGAAGACGUUACGGUUUGCUUGGUUUAAAUGGUUGUGGGAAAUCUACCCUUCUUACUGCGAUAGGGCUCCGUGAGCUUCCGAUUCCGGAGCACAUGGAUAUCUAUCAUCUUUCCAGAGAGAUUGAAGCGUCUGACAUGUCUGCUCUCGAGGCUGUAAUAUGCUGUGACGAGGAAAGGGUGAAGUUAGAACAAGAAGUCGAAAUAUUAGUGGCACAGGAUGAUGGAGGCGGAGAAAGACUUGAACGUGUAUAUGAGCGUUUGGAAGCUCUUGAUGUAGCAACUGCUGAAAAGCGUGCGGCUGAAAUUUUGCAUGGUCUUGGGUUUGACAAGAUGAUGCAGGGAAAAAAGACCAGAGAUUUUUCUGGUGGUUGGAGAAUGAGGAUUGCAUUAGCACGGUCGUUGUUUAUGAAACCAACCAUCUUAUUGCUGGAUGAACCUACAAAUCACCUUGACCUUGAAGCUUGUGUUUGGCUUGAGGAGAAUCUGAAGAACUUCAAUCGCAUUCUGGUUGUGGUUUCACACUCCCAAGAUUUUUUGAAUGGUGUUUGCACCAACAUUAUACACAUGCAAAGCAAGAAGUUGAAGAUCUACUCUGGUAAUUAUGACCAGUAUGUUCAGACGCGUUCUGAACUUGAAGAGAAUCAGAUGAAACAGUACAAAUGGGAGCAGGAACAAAUUUCUAACAUGAAGGAGUACAUUGCUCGGUUUGGUCAUGGGUCAGCUAAGUUAGCUCGGCAAGCACAAAGCAAAGAGAAAACACUUGCGAAGAUGGAGAGGGGAGGACUGACAGAGAAGGUUUCCAGAGACCAAGUUCUGGUUUUCCGUUUUACCGAUGUUGGAAAGCUUCCCCCUCCUGUAUUGCAGUUUGUGGAAGUGUCCUUCGGCUAUACACCAGAACAUAUUCUGUACAAAGACCUAGAUUUUGGUGUGGACCUUGACUCCAGGAUUGCCUUGGUGGGACCCAAUGGUGCCGGAAAGAGUACGCUUUUGAAGCUGAUGACAGGGGAUUUGGUUCCUAUUGAAGGGACGGUGAAGCGACAUAAUCAUUUAAGGAUUGCCCAGUACCAUCAGCAUCUCGCAGAAAAGCUUGACUUAGAAUUGUCUGCUCUACUCUAUAUGAUGCGAGAAUACCCAGGAACUGAAGAAGAGAAAAUGAGAUCAGCAAUAGGAAGGUUUGGGCUAUCAGGCAAAGCACAGACUAUGCCUAUGAAAAAUUUGUCUGAUGGGCAGCGUAGCAGAGUUAUUUUUGCUUGGUUGGCUUACCGACAGCCUCAGAUGUUGUUACUAGAUGAGCCUACUAAUCACUUGGAUAUUGAGACAAUUGAUUCAUUGGCCGAGGCAUUGAAUGAGUGGGAUGGCGGUAUGGUUCUUGUUAGUCACGACUUUAGGCUCAUAAACCAGGUGGCUCAUGAGAUAUGGGUGUGUGAAAAUCAGGCAGUCACUCGUUGGGGAGGUGAUAUCAUUGCCUUUAAGGAGCAUCUCAAGAAGAAAGCUGGAUUUGAAUGAAGUCGAGGAUUAUGAUGAGGUGACUUGGUUAGAAAUCUGUCAAAACGUAUUAGUACUAUGCAAUCCGUCCAGCUUGACAUUCAGUUGUGCCGCGCAGAGCAUAUCUCCUUCCCAAUGUUUGGAUAGAAAAUUGCAGCCGAGCCAUUGAAGGGUUUGGUUAUAACCCAAAUCUAGCAAGUCGAACAUUAUUGCGGCCCUCGGUUUGGGUAAAUUUUUUGUUUUGUUUUCUUUUUCCCCUUGAAAACACUUUAUAAAAUUAUCUUUGUAGUUUGACCAACGAAAUUAUGCUUUGUAAAAGAGAUCAUUUGUGAACCUGCUUGUUUGAGAUUCUUAAGUAUCAUUACUAUAUUUUCUGUCUUA